AUGUCUGAGACCUCAUCCAACAAGGAGAGUCCCCCAGCUGAGUGUCCCGUGUGCUAUGAGAAGUUCCACCCACUGGAGGCCACACACCGUAAGCUCAGCUGCGGGCACACCUUCUGCCAUGACUGCCUGGUGAAGUGCCUGCUCUCCACCAAGCUCAACGGCCAGGUCCAGAGCAGCAUCAUCUGCCCCGUCUGUCGCUACGUGACUUUCCUCAGCAAGAAGAAGGCUCUAUGGCCAUCCAACGCAGCCACCAACCCCUGGACACUGGAGAUACCUCUGUCACCUUCCUCCUUGUCCCAGCUGACCAAAAUGGAGGCCAGCAACCCCCGCCGCCCCUGGGGCCCCCCCAGCCAUUUUGUGAUGCCGAUACAGAGCUUUGAUCGAUGCUGCAGCACCGGGAGCAGCCCCAUGGACUCACAGAGGGUCCCAGGAGAGCUGGCACGGGAAGCCCACAUCUUUGUCAUCAGCGACCAUGGCAUGCCACUGGUGGAUGUAGACUGUGACUCCCUGGGGAGGAGAAGCAGAGCGGAAACGAGGAGCUCGGUGUCAUCCAGCUCGGCCCUGGGGGUGAAAUGCUGCCAGUCACCCAUCGCCCUCGCCGUCCUCCUCAUCUUGACCGUGGCCAUGCUGGCGGCUGUGCUCCCUUGGCUGCUGCUGGUGAAGAGAGACUCGUAG